AUGACGUGCUUGAAGCUGAUGGAGUUACAGAGUGAGGCUGUGCACAGAUAUUCUGGAGGUCUAAAGCCAUCAAGCACUGCUCGCACAGCUCAUGGGUACGGCUUUCUUACCAGCGUCCCACCUUCAGAUACCAGCAGCAGUGACUACUGGUUUGCACCAAGCUGUGCCAACAGGAAGCGAUGGGAAGGGAAUGGUCCACCUGGAGAAGAGUCUUGUUCAGGGUCCGUUCAUGGGUGGUCUCCAGAUGGAAGGAGAGAAGGAGCUGUGCGUGGCCAUUUUGGAGGAGAUCUCAGGAAGGAAUUUCCCUACGACAUCUCCAAAGAUGAUGAGGCCAAUAGUGGGAAUGAAGAUGACAGUCCCCUGGCAGAUGAUCCUGAGAAUGUGGAACAAUACGAGACAUUACCGGAGGCAUUUAAAGAUAAUGCUUUCCAGAGAUGUAGCAAUGCAGAUGCCUAUGAGAGCCCGCACGUGCCAGAAAGGCACCAGAGGGACCUCCCUGGGGAGAGGCAGGAUGACAGCAUUCAUCUAGAAAAGGCCCUUGAGGGUCUCCACAGCAUCCUUCUCCACCCAGAAGAUGCUAUAGGAGACGGUCACACUGGAUGCAGUCAGCGUGAAGAAAUCGUCAGUCAGACAUCAAAUCUUCAGCAGCGUGAGGCAUCCCAGACAGAGAAACCCCACAAAUGUCCCAAGUGUAACAAGGGCUUCAGGGCGUGCUCUGAUUUAAUUCAACACCAGAGAACCCACCCAGGUGAGAAGCCCUUCAUAUGCAGUGAGCGUGGGGAAAACUUCAGGGUGAGCUUCGGUGAUUUCUCAACUGUGGGCAGUGCUCCAAACGGAGGGCUCACGGCCAACAGACACCAGCGGGUCCACACAGGAGAAAAACCCUUUUUGUGUGCUGAGCGUGGAAGGGCUCCCAAAACAAGGCACACCUCAGGCAGCACUGGAAACUUCACCUGA